GUUCUUUCCAAGGAGCGCAUUCACUGGCCACUGCUUGUUGCCCUAUGCUUUGGGCCAAUUGUGUUUGCUGGCUAACAGCAUCAUUACAUGCUUGCCUUCAUGUUACUUGAUGCUGCUGGCCAACGCGGGUAUGCAGUGCCACCUGGGGCAGCUCAUAUAUUUAAGCUGUCUGAUGAGACGCCCAUAGAGCUGCCCACGGAGUCGCCUAUUGAGCCACCUGCCGAGCUGCCUACUGAGAAACCUACUCGGCUGCCAACUGAGUUGCCGUUUGCGUUUGACAGAUGGCCCAGUUUUACUGUAUCACUGAUUUUUGGAUAACAGCUCAUUGUAUACAGUUUGCUGAUCAGUGUUAAGCAUCGGGUUGUUUCCACCACGCUUGCCAGCAACCCUUGACAUGAAUUUGCUAACUUUAUUCAAGGUCGUCGCACAAUCACUGUUAACGAGUGUAUUUCAUAAGUAUACUAAGUUU